AUGGUCCUGAGUGUCCGGACGGCCAUUGAAAUGUGGAUUAUUAAACAUCUCGCGAGCCAUAUCGAGGUCGCAGAUGAACACAAAAGACGAGCAUUGUACAAUAUUUAUACAAUUGAUUUAACAAAAAUAUUAAUUAUGAAAUAUAUGUUUGCAAUACUGGGCGCCGUUAUUACAGCCGGUGUACUAUACAUUGGACCGGUGGGGGCCGAGUGCGGGUAUAGCGCCUGUCCGGUGACCGACCCAUCGAAGCUAAACAUACACCUCAUAGCCCACAGUCACGACGACGUGGGUUGGAUGAGAACAGCCGACGACUAUUAUGACCGCUAUGUCCGUAAGAUUAUAGCCAACGUGGUUAAAGAACUAGACAAAAACCCUGCACGUCGAUUUACCCAGGUCGAAAUUUACUUUUUCCACCGCUGGUGGCGCACACAGACUGACGAGCGCCGGGAUGUGGUCCGCAAACUGGUAGCGGAGGGACGGCUGGUGUUUGCGAACGGAGGCUGGACUGUGAACGAUGAGGGCUCAGCUCAUUAUAACAAUAUUAUUGAUCAGAUGACACUUGGUCUUAAAUUUUUAAACUCCACAUUCGGGGCGUGCGCACAUCCCAAAGUAUCAUGGCAAAUUGACCCGUUUGGUGCCUCACUAGAAAUGCCCUCACUAUACGCUCAGAUGGGUUUCGAUGGCCACGUUUGCAACAGAGGGCCAGAUAAGGGAGAGUACAUAUGGCACGUGUCACCCGACCUAAACACGCGUAUAUUUACCACGAUAUUACACUCGCACUAUAGCGCACCCAAUGACUACAACUUUGAAGAUGGUCAUAACAGGAUUAGCCACCGAAAUGUUCAUGCUAAAACCAAAAAAUUUAUCAAUAAUGCUCGCAACUGGAAUAAUGAUUACGGUAAUACCAAUCACGUGUUGGUUACCAUGGGCGAUGAUUUUAAGUACAAGACAGCCAACGAUUGGUUUGAAAACAUGGACAAAAUGAUCAAGGAGGCAAAAGCUAAUUACCCUGAUGUUAAUUUGUUUUACUCAUCGCCCGAUUGCUAUGUGAAGGCAGUGAAUGGUUUGAACCGUACGUUCGAUGACCGCAAUGUUGAUUAUCUAUCCUAUUGGGUCGGGUACUACUCUAAUAGACCGGCACUCAAGUACCAGGAUAGGUUGGCAAACAAUAUACUUCAGUUUCUUGCGGGGAAACAACUAUCAGUAUUAGCACGUUUAGACCCUUCAAAAACUACUGCAUAUUUGGAUGAAGCGCGUAAUGAAAUGGCCAUAUUGACUCACCAUGAUGCCAUUACGGGAACGUCACCCCAGGCCACUGCCGAUGACUACGCCAGUCGGUUACAGAGCGGUUACGCGGCCGCCAAACAACUCAUACGUCGGGCCUAUAGUUAUCUCAAGUCAAACGACUCCGAGAAACAGGUCGUCGUAACCGAUGUUUUCUGUGAUUCACUCAAUAUAACCGACUGUACGCUAACGGAGAGCGCGGAUCGGGUGGCCGUCACUGCCUAUAACCCAAUCGCCCGACCCGUCACUCACUACUUACGAGUGCCGGUCACUGACGGUGUGUAUCGUGUGUUUGACUCGACAGGUGCUGAAGUCGGGGCCAAAUCACUGCUCCCGGUGUCCGAAGCGGUCAGACUAUUGCCCAAACGUAAAGGUAGUCUCGCCACACAUGAGCUGGUGUUCAACGCUAGGCUACCGGCUCUUGGAUUCACCACAUAUUUUGUUGAGAAACACAAUAAAACCGAUAAGAACCAAUUGAUGGAUGAGGUGAGCGUUGAAAUGAAGGGCAAAUCAUUUAUACUGCAAGUGGACGGGAUUACCGGUGCUCUCCAGACAAUUACACUCAACGGUCAGAAACACAGAUUGAAUCAAUCGUUCAAAUGGUAUAAAUCAAUGCAAUCAAAGUCGGGUCGCGAGGACUCCGGGAGUUAUCAGUUCUGUCCGGACGGCAACGCCCGGCACUACAGACAGCAAAAGUUGAUUUCAAGUCAUACGUCGGAUGCCGUACAUGAGCUGAACCAACAGUUUGCCGAUUAUAUACACCAAACGGUGCGCACAUAUGAGGACAGGGAUUACAUUGAGUUUGAUUGGACGGUCGGUCCGAUACCGAUGGCCGACAAGAUUGGCAAAGAGAUUGUCACCCGAUUUGAGUCCGACCUCCAGACCGAUGGCGUGUUUUAUACGGACUCUAAUGGCCGGCAGACUAUACGUCGGAAAUUCAAUGUCAACGCCAAAGGCUGUAAGGAUAACGUGAUUACUGCCAAUUGGUUUCCCAUUUAUAGUCAUGUGUUUGUAAAGGACGAGAAUCGAGGCCUGCAAAUGACUUUGCUCAAUGACCGAACACAGGGUGGCUCAUCACUAAUGAACGGUCAGAUAGAGCUUAUGGUUCACCGGAGACUACACAACACGGGAAGGGGCGGUAAUUUCAAGAUUGACGAACCGGGAGUAGACGGUAAAGGACUGGUAGUCCGGGGCCGACACUACCUCUACUUCCAGCCCAUCGCCGACUCACCAAAACUGAUGCGAAGUCUAUCGCAGAGUCUGUUUAUGGGACCAAUUGUGUCGUUUAGUAGAUACUCGACAGUUGACGACUAUUCGCAAAAAUUUGCCACAAGUUUUACGGCAAUUGGCGACUCACUGCCCGAAAACAUACAUUUGCUAACAUUAGAGCAGUGGUCAGAACGGGAAGUGUUGGUUCGUUUUGAGCACAUGUAUGAGAUGGCCGACAAUCACGAGCUCUCAAAACCGGUUGAAUUUAAUUUGCAAAAAGUGUUAAAAACUCUAAACAUUGAAAAAGUGGUUGAAAUGAAUUUAGCGGCCAAUGAGUUGCUAUCGGAGACCAAACGUCUGGAGUGGCGCUCAAAACACAUUACAAAAUCAUAUAAUAUGAGCGGUGGAGACAGUGAUGGCAAUGAUAUGAUCGUUAGAUUAACGCCGCAACAAAUCCGCACAUUUAUUAUCACAACAAAUUCCAAUUAUAAUAAAGAAACCAAAUGCGCGUACAGUUGGGUUAAUGCGAGUCAAACAACAAUCCCGGGCAACGCAUAUAUAGCCGGUUAUGAUAUCGACAAAACACCGCUCACUAUAUGUCGACACAAACACAACGGAGACCUCAUAGCCGGCAGAGCGCACAAAGUGGUCGGUUGUGUCCUCACGUGGGGUGGGAGUGAAGUUACAAUCAAAAGGUCGCACGAGUUUGAGGUAUUGGUGGCCAACGGUGUGGAGUGGGUUCCCCGACACGGCAGAGACCCCGUCCCUACCGGUGCUCUCGUAGCCGGCAAUAAGGGUCGGCCCAAUACAGACACAUAUAUUGGACGGUGCGAUACACACGGGGCUCAACUUGUGGGCAAAAUUGAUUAUAAAUUUUAUUACGGCCACCAUGGUGACGAGAUUAGCGAUUAUAAAAAGAUUAAGGUUAAAUAUUCCACAUAA